UCCCGAGAGUACACAAUUGGGUAGAGUGGAAAUGUAUGACGUCAAAUUAUCCAGUUCAAUUUUAUGAGCAUACCAGAUAAAGGUCUGAAAAAUGAUUUCAUGCGAAGAAUAAAGUAUAUCACUUCAAAUGGAAUCGUUUAUUAUGGUGCUAUUAUGCCCUGUUUUAUGGUUUACAAUAACGCCAUGUUUGUGAUGAGAUUGAUAACAAUGACGUCAUCCAGUGUACAUCACUUUAUCAUUUAGUGUGUUUGAUUGCAGGCAAAUUGUUUAUUUACAUUUUGCGCUACGCGUAAAUCCUAGCAAAAUUAUCUCUCUGUGUCCAACCAUAUAUUUAUAAAUAUGUCGAAAAAAUUAGAAGACUAUUUAAGUUGCUGCAGGCUGUGUUUAGAAUGGGAAACAAAGGAUCUUAUCGGUAUAUUCGAUACUAAUCUGGUGGGAGAAAAUGUAACGUUGCAAGUCGCUUUGCACAAAACGACUGGUAUUGAUUGCCAAGAGGGCGAUCAUCUACCGGCGAGAAUAUGCAAGCAGUGUCUGACUCGUUUACAGGAUGCGCACAAUUUUAUCGCGGUAAGCUGCUACAAUCAUUCGCUCUUGGAAUCACUCAAACGGGAGGCCCUAGAGAACACGAAGCAUUCGAAAAAUAUACCUAAGGUGGAAAACCAGAAAGCAGUAAAUUAUCUUAGUGUAACUAUUACGGAUUUCAAUAAUUGUGACCAUAAAGAAGAAAUGCUGGAAAUUGAACGUCUGGAAAAUGGGAGUGACGGUUAUUUAGCAGAAGACACCGGAAGCGACGAAGAAGAAAAUCAUAGCAAAUCGCCGGGAAAUGAGGACCCAACGGAUGCGGUAGACUUUAUUCUACAAACUUUCCAGAACGAACCCAAGAAACCUGCACCGAGGAGGCAAAUCAUAAAGGAUCCAGAGAGGAGACAUCAGUGCGAAGUUUGCGACAAGUCUUUUCAACGUAAAUCGAACUUGGUCGAUCAUUUGCGCCUGCAUGCGAACGUUAAACUUUUCGCGUGUAGUUAUUGUGACGCUGCGUUCGUUCAGGCAGGCAAUCUGAAAAGCCAUCUUCGGAAACAUACUUUGGAAAAGCCUUAUGGCUGCGACGUAUGCGGUAAAAGUUACACUCAGUCCAGCGCAUUGAAAACUCAUAUGAGGUCUCACACCAAUACUCGAAAUUAUAUAUGCGACGUGUGCCAGAAAGGAUUCACCAACAGUUCGGAUUUGAACAAGCACAAAAUAACGCAUUCGGAUUUGCGGUAUUUCACGUGUGUACUUUGUAUCAACCGCUUUUUCGCACAAAAAAUUCACCUGAAGAAACAUUUGCAUGCGUUUCACGCGGAAGAGAACUUUGAGGAUCUACUGCGCGAAGGAACUCUCAAAGAGGGUGUCCGAAUAAAUGGAACAGGGGCUAAAAGUAGAAAGGAAGAUAGUGAUUCUGACUGAAUCAUAAAGCACCUUUUAUAGGGCAAAUAAAUGUGACAGUUUUUAUGUUUGACAGUUUUAAUGUUGAACGAUCCUCACUAGAUGUUGAACAGUUAGUUUCUUACUUCAGCAACAUUCAUUCGUGAGACCAAGGCGCUUAGAAGCAAAACACAAUCCACGUUGACGGCAUUGAGCUCCGUAUUACGGAAUGGGGGAGUAGUCAUGACCGAGAUGGUGGAGUUAACAGGUGGCUCACAAUUUACACUAUUUAGAAAAGACGUAUGAGGGAUGGCAAGACGAAAAGUUUGGACUUGUUUAUGUUAUUAAUUACGUUGGUAUGGUUACAUUUGAUUUCGUCGAAGGUAUUCGAAGCAGUAUAAUAAAUAAACAGUUGUCGUUGAAAAUAGUAACCUAGUAACCUUAAUGCAUAUGCUUCUGCCAGCUGGCUCGGCUAAUGUGAUUCAGGGAAUGCUUUGAUCGUGGUACCGCCUCUGGCGCAUAAUUUGCAGCUUUGUUUUUUGUGCUGGUUCAUAACGGCAAUCAACCUUGCCGGCGAAACUGUAGUCAAUGUUUAGUAUUGUUUGGAUAUCAUCUAUGUAAAUAAAUUCAAACUUACGGGAUACGUCCGAAAGGCAAUUCUGACAUUACGAUUUACCUUCCACUUCACUUUCCUUGGUCAUGACUAUUCGCUUUGACGGCGGAAUGGUGCCGACAUCUGGAUACGACAUUAGUUUGUAUGAGGCCAACUGCAGUUUUAGAUUGCUAAAAUUUGUAUGAAAAUGUUUUUCUUGGCAUUAUUUACCAUAGUCAUGCCUACUCCCCCAUUCCGUAAAACGAAGCUCAAUGCCGUCAACUCGGAUGGGUUUGCAGAAGAAAUGAACACAGUUUCAAAAUAAAAACUAUGAAUGAAAAUUAUUUUUCCUAAAAAAACUCUAUGUGAAUGAAAAUUACUUUUACUUGCAAGCAGUGAAAAAAUAUCAUACAAAAAUUGUGUCGAAAGAUAAUUUUAUAUUAUAAUGGUAAGUUUUGGUAAGAAUAUCUGAAAAUUCAUACAAAAAAAAAACGGAUGGGCAAUGUCGGGGACAUAACCGGAAAGACGUAGGACUACACCAAGGGGUGUCCAUUAUUCGAAUAUCAUGGAGCACAGAUCCCAGAAUGACCAACUUUUCAUGUACAAAAUUACAGAAAAAAAAAUCCAAGGAUAAAAUAAAACCUCAGCAAACACUCAAACGUUUAGAUUCAAAUACGAAAAAAUCUAAAUUUGUCGUGCGAUGCAAAUAUUGUAGGGGUUAUUGUUCAGCCGGUAACAAUAAAAAAUUAUAGGAGGUUGUGUCCAAGAUACGACCGCAUUGUUGACGUGGGACUACGCUGUUAUUUUAUAUAAGUCGCUUGUUUAUACAUUCGGAUAUUAUUCUAUAAUGCUUUGGCGCACCUUACCGUCUGCUUCGCCAUAACGUCAGUUUAAUGCAUUGAUGAAUUCUCAAUGGCACCAACGAAGCCCUUAUGAUGACGGAAAACAAACAAUGUUAACUGCUUGGAAAAAGACUGAAUUGUGCCACACAGCUUGUACUCUACUGUAACACCCAUUGCGAAUUCGCUGAUGAGUUGGUCAAGAGCGACCGCCUUCACCACCAGCGGGGGAGCUUGAUUUUGUUGCUGCCUGGGUAACGGCGUUUACAUUUUCGACCGACGCGCCGAAAUCGCCUACUUCGCUGUUGUUCGAUGCGGUGUCACACUCGCGAAGGUUCGGUUCAGUGCGAGCGCUUUUCACUGCACCAACAUCGCGUGCAUCAUUAGAUGACGCUUGCCUCGAAAUUUUAUUGCCCCUGGCAAUGCGUUCGUUUGUUGCAGGGAUCGAGCCUGCCUUCCUCUUCUUCUUGCUCAUCACACACUACGCGAAGCGUCCAAUUUAUGACGAGGAAAGAAAAACACGAUACGAAUAACGCGAAAAACGAACAGAAAAACCAAACGACGAUAUCCAAGUUGGAUUACCACUGGUGGGGUCCAAUCUUAGAUCGAAGCGCAGCGAAAGCAAAGUGAACUGGAUUGCUCAACAGUCCGAUGCCGAAUGAAAGUUUGCCUCAGCGAGAUCCACUGUUUGUACUCUAGGCAAGUAUUCCCCUUCUUCUUCUUCUUCUUUUUGGCUUUAAGAGGGUUUAAACUUUUCAGUUCAUUCGCCUCUAGAAGUAUUCCCCUUCAUUCUUCUACUUUUCUUUUGUUCACAGAGACUUUCAAUCCUACGAUUUCCCCUCCGUUGGUCGUCGAUAAGUUGCUCGUUAUUGACAGUUCUGUUCGGGAAAGCACACAAAUGGAUAGAACAAAUGUAUGGAAAAAUGUGAACGCUUAUAGUUUUCAUGAAUUUUAACCCUUUACACACCAGGGAAUUGUGAUGUAUAGAAUAUCAAUCAAAUCUUAGGGAACUUCCGAUUCGUUUGGUAUGUAAAUCGCCAAAAUCCGUUCGCGGCAAAAAUAGUUAUUAACGUUAACUUUAUUUCAUAAAAACGUGACCUGUUUUCUGAUUUGGCACCCUUAAUGAAAGACGUAGUUCUACGUCAAAAACUUGAUGGCAAGCAUAUCGUAAUAGGAAUUUACCGUCUGGUAUCGUGAUAUAAUGGGUUUUGCACUCCUCAUGAAUAACUGUGUUCUACUAGUCAAGUCCUUCAUUUGAUACCCAUAUUCAUGGGGCUUUGAGAAAAUAUUUAAUCCGCCAUUUUGUAGCGGUCGUCAUCUUGGAUUUUUAAGAAAUAGAUGAAAUACGCAGUUUUAUAAUGACUGCAGAGAUAAAGGUGUGUUCCAAAUUUCAGAUCAACCGGUCAACAGGAAAGGUGUCAAAUUUCAAUUAAUGUGGUACAGCGCCAUAGACAAACAUGUUACAUACAAACAUACAAAUAUGUCACAGCUAAAUAAAACCGUUUAAAAACUCCAGCAUUCUAUCAAAUCGAGCGCGAUUAGCCACUCAUUCACCCGGCGCGACGUUUCCACCGCUUUUAACACACUUCGAUAUGCUCUCCUGAUCCACAUCCCAUUGAAACUCCUGUCUCUCACUCUUGCGGUAUCGCACCGCAUACAUCCCCGGCAAAUGCAGCGAUAUCUCUCAUGCUGAGAAUCAAUUUCAAGAUAGCGUCUUUCCUGCUUGGCGUCCGAUGAUAGAAUGUGGCCAAGCCCCACCAUCGGUCACUUUAUAAAGCCAUAUAGUUAAGGUUGUAGCGACCGUCUAUAUUUAUUGACGUGGGACUACGUCUAACCGGAAUAUAUGGGGGGUAAAAUGAAAACAUAAACACUGAACAUGGCGGAAAAAAUGCAAGAUUUCGAAUGCUUAUAACUCGAACAUUUUCUACUGCAUCGGAAAGAUGUUUGUAUCAAUUGAUAGGGAAUAUUUCUACGCAUCUAUCGCAAUUAAUAAAAUGUCUUUUUUCAUUAGAUAAAUAAUUGAAUAACUGUAAAAUGUUAAGCGUUAUCUAAACGCCCUAACUGCCUCGUUUUGAUUGGCUCGAUUUACGGUUUCCCCAACACAGACUUCAAAACCAAGCAGCGUUGGAGAAAUCGGAAUUGAAAAUACAUGAAAGUAGGGGGACUUUUGUUCUCUCCGAAAUAUGUUCCCUAACACAGACUUCAAAACCAAGCAGCAUUGGCGAAAUCGACAUUGCAAAUACAUGAAAGUAGGGGCAGCUUUUGUUCCCACCGAAAUGCGUUUCCCUAACGCAGACUUCAAGUCCAAGGAGCGUGGGAAAGUUAGCAUUGCAGAUACAUGCAAUUCGGGGGCAUUUUUGUUCCGACUGAAAUGUGUUUCCCUACCACAGACUUCAAAUCCAUGGAGCGAGGGAAAAUUGGCAUUGCUAAUACAUGCAAGUCGAGGGCAAUUUGUUCCGAUUAAAAUAUGUUUCCCCAACACAGGCUUCAGAAACAAGGUGUCCAGGGAAAUUGGGAUUGCAAAUUCAUGCAGGUCGGGAGUAUUUUUGUUCCGACUGAAAUCUGAUUACCUAUAAAGACUUCUAAACCAAGGUGUCUGGGGAAAUCGCCAUUGCAAAUACAUGCAAACUGCAAUCAAUACAUACAAAUGGUUACUAAGCUAAGAUAGUCCCACGUCAACCUUGCGGUUAUAUCAUAGAUAUAACCCACCCAUUUUUUUAUAAUCUCUUUUUUGUCUCCCUCCUUCGCCUCGUCCAUACGUUUCGCCCGUACCCGUGGUUGCUUGUAAUGAAUAGCUGUUUGUAGCGGGUGCGCAGACAAAGUGUAUGGGAAAGUAGGGAAUUCUUUCUUCCAAUUUUUCAUCAAUUUGAACUUCAUAUGAGCUGAAAACCCGUAAUGUGUAGCAUAUAAACAAUUGCUGAGGAUUUUUCCUAUCAAUGUGUGUAUUUGAAACCAAAAUCCAUUCAUAAUUUGAGGAGGUAUUAGCGUUCAAAAACUGAACACUUUUUCACACCGAAAUAUUGAAAUGGGCCCCUAUAUUGAAAGGUUAGACGUAGUCCUACGUCAAUAGUUUAAAUUAGGGUCAGAACAACGAACUUCUAGUGGGUAUAUAAUGCCAAGAAAAAAAAUUUCAUACAAAUUUCAGCAAUUUAAAACUGCAUUAGGGUCGACUAAUCUAAUAGAGAACAGUUGGCCUCAUACAAACUAAUGUAGUAUCCAGAUGUCGACAUCAUUCCGCCGUCAACGCGAAUACGGUUGGGCGAAAUCUCGUUUGUGAACAGCCUGUCUCUCACGCUUCAAGUAAAUAAUUUUCCUUCUGCUUUCUUCGUACUGUUUUCAUAUACCGCUCCACUAUACAAGUUAGGAACAAAACGGCCUAACCUAGUAUAAUAUAUCCGCCCUGCGUGAGACAAACCGGUUAUGUAAACAGGGAUGCCAGGUGAUUUUUUCAAAUGUCUUCACAUGAUACUAAAAAAUGUCUUCAAAUGUCUUCACAAUCAUAUCGGAGGAAACUAAAAUUCAUAACUUACUUUUGGACAAACUUUGAUAGCUUAUUCAUUGUUUAUUCUAAUUGGUAUUGGUAUAUAGCGCAUUUAAUUGAAUUCACCUUAAGGUUUAGGAGUUUAUUUUAAUAGAUGUGACAAAGGAUAUUUUGAGCAGCUGCGAACUGUAUUUUAUGAGUUCAGAAAUGAUAAUUGGCUUGAUAAACCAUUGAUUCAUUGAAACGGUGUGUAACCGGAAAACCUUCGAUUUGUGAAAUGAUCGUUUGAAAGAUCUAGGUUAAUCUAUUGUAUAGUAUAGGCCUAAAAUAAUAAAAACACAAUGUCACAAUCAUUCGAACUCUCGAGUGCAAAAGAACUAAUGUCUUCUAAAGACAACAUGUGUUCAGACCGCGGGAAGUUCGCCAGAAUUUGAAGUGAAAGUAGCUUUGUUGUUGAAUUCAUUCUGUAUGCUUGUGGAAAUAUUUGGAAAAAGCGAGUGAAUGACCAUGGGACAAAAGUUUCCGUUGACCACUAAGAACGAAAGUAAACAAGUGACACUGAUAACAAAAGUGAGCGAAUGCCACUUAGACAAAAGUUUUACUUCUUUUGACGAUAUUUUCGACCAAUAGCUAGAAUUCCAUGGAAAUAAGAUCUCCCGAAAACCCAAGUACGCUAUCAUACUAAAAUGUCUUCAAAUAUUUCAUAAUGUCUUCAAAAUGUCUCACAAAAUCAAAUGACUUCACAGUAAGCCAAAUGUCUUCAAAUUUAAGACACGUCUACAAACCUGGCCUCUCUGAAUGUAAAGGCUGAUUUAGACGAUGC